CACGCAUCCUUUAUGCUGUUCCUCUCCGAAACUUCUUGCUCUGUUUAAGUAAAAAAAUUGCACUUUCCGUUUUGGCUUUACUCAUUAUGCAAGUCAUAAUAUCAAAAUCCUUAUCUUGUACUAGACAUAUAACAAGUAUAUAAAUAAAUACCAGACAGUACUCUGCAAACACUCCUACAUUGUACAGUAAACAUCAUGAAUAUCAUCAACAGGGCAGCUUCGAUUUUUCUUCUUUUGGUGUUUUUCUUGGCUUUUUUCAAAGAUUCUGUUCAUGGGCGCCCUCUUUUACUGUCAAUGUCCAGACCCAAGCCGGAUGAUGCUGCCUUAUUUGCUCGAUGGCUCGUUUCUCAGAAUUAUUGGGGUGUCCUUAAUACUAUAGCAAGUGAUAUGGGAGGAGCACCGUUCGGGAAUGUUGUCUCAUUUAGUGAUGGGUUACCAGACAAAGGCCGUGGUAUACCAUACUUCUACUUAACAACGCUUGAUCCCACUGCUAGAAAUGCAUUGAAAGACCAGAGAUCAUCAUUUACAAUCAGUGAGUACGCCAUUGGAACUUGUGGCAAGAAAGAUCCUGAGAACCCAUCUUGUGCCAAAAUUACCCUCGUAGGAAAGUUGAAAGUGGUUACUGGAGAUCCAAAGGAAACUAGCUUUGCUCAAACUGCUUUAUUCACAAAACACCCUGAGAUGGAAGGUUGGCCCAAGAGUCACGAUUUCCAGAUAUACAAAUUAGAGAUUGAAGAGAUAUUUAUGAUCAAUUGGUUUGGUGGUCCCAAACCUCUCACCGUGGAUCAGUAUUUGCAGGCUAAAAUGGAUAGUCACAUGACCAUUGCAUGAACGCCUUUAUGUAUACAAUCUGCUGACAAGUUCUUUUCAAGUGAAGGUUGAAAGUGGUUUUGGAAUGUGAAAAAAGGGUAUCAAUUCAGUGAUCAAUGAAAUUCAACUGUAAAUAGGAGAUACUUGUGAAGCUCAUUAUCAUUCAUUCACUUGUGCAUUUGACAUUUUGUAUGAUUUCUGGUUUGUAAAAUAAUGGAAGUUGUAUGCAAAUAAUAGGAUGCAACAUCCCUUUUAACUAUUGCACAAGUCUCCAGAUAUUGGGGCCAGCUGAAGAGAACUUAAAAAAUUUAAAGAAGGAUGUUCGUUAAAUUUGCACAAUUUAUCACAGUCUUGUUUUAUAA